AUGUAUCAGCCUCGAGAUAGCGCCCUCGAGCCGAGCUCCGGUAUCAGCGGGUCUGUGCGUGUCUCUGGCUCUAGUCGCCACUCCGCCGGGCCUCUGUUGGCGUCCGGUGUCGCCGGCUCGUUCACGGCUGGCAGCAGUUCAGUCGUGGCUCCGGUGGCCGGUGGCAACCGGGCUGGUUCCCGCCGGCCAACCAAGCACACGAUGGAGGGCUUUGCGGCCCCGGGCGCCGCAGCCUCGACCAUCUACAAUCCGGCCUCGGGCUCGGCCAAUCCCGGCCCUGCCCUGGGUCCCGGCCACGCUGGCCUCAACAGUUACCCGGCAACCCAAGUGUCCAGCGGUACGGCGCCCUUUUUGGUCGGCCAGAAGCCAUACCAUUCCGGACAAGCCACCGUCGUCGCCGCCGCUGCCGCUCCCGCGGCCGGCGGCCUGUCUGCUCGAGCUCCGGUAGGUCGUCAGAGCAACGGACAUCUGCCUGGCAACCAUAUGGCCCUGCACAACGCCUACUACUCGUCCGGCCCACCACCGCCUCAGGUCGGGCCCGCAGGCAGAGCGGCCGGUCAGGCGGUGGGUUCGCCGGUCCGCCAAUCCGGCCUGACAACCGUCACCUACUCGAGUCAGCCGGGCCCCGGCAAAUCGGCCGGAUUGGACAUUUUCAGACCGGCUCCAACACCGGCACCGACUCCGGCUCCGGUCUCGGCCUCGACUUUGGCACUGGCACCCGCGUCGGCCUCGGGACCGGGACUCGGUCCCGACGGCUCCGACUUUGGCCACCAUACCACCGGCCUGGCCCACCACCUGGGCCAGGCGGGUCAGGGGGGUCAGGGGGUGCAGCCUGCAUUCGGCCGGUUGGGCAACAAGCGUGAGUUGAUACCGGAAACGAAUGAGGACCUGGCGCAGCACAAAAUGGGCAGCAAGACAUGUUGUGCAAUCAUGUGA